AUGGACAUCUCGACAGAGCGCAAUCCGAUCGUUACUGACAAUAUCACGCUUGCACAUGCUCAUUCUGUCUCUACAAAGCGUAAGCGAGUAGUGCUUUCGAUUCAUGACAAACAGCAGGUUCUACAGCUUCUUGAAAGCGGUGAACAGCCGAUCGCUAUUGCAAGAGAGUUUGGCAUCAGUCGUCAGCAAGUAUCGGAUAUUAAGAAAAACAAGGAGCGUAUUUUAGCAUUUUGUACGAAUGCAAAGUGUAUUUCGAAACUCAAGUGCAAGACAAUCAAGUCGGUACCUGAGCAUCAUCCAGGCGUGGAGCAAGAACUCUAUCGGUGGAUUAUCCGCCAACGGACACUAGGACGAAAAGUAUCAGCUGGUGCACUGACUGCUAAAAUGGUGGAUCUCUUUAUGCAAUAUGCGUCUGAUACUUCUAAAAUACCAUUUGCUGCGAUGACCAAGUGGUUGAAACACUUUAAGAAAGUUUAUGGUCUCAAAGUGCUGUCAGAGGAUGAAAUGCAGCAGCUGCCGGAGCAGUUUGUACCGGCAAUGGGUAUGACACAAACGCAACUGGAUCGGAAAGUAGCUACAUCUAUGGAUACGAAUGUGUGUAUGAACGUUAUGAGUCAUGGGAAUCCACGACAUGUGCAAAUUGGUGCCCCUUUGACAUCGUUACAGACUGUUGUGGACACGGUUCAAGAGCUGAAUACCCAAUUUGCGCAGUUUGAACACAAGAUGGCAAUUAAGUUGGACCAUAUAGAUGAACGGGUUACUAGAUUGUGCUACUUUGUGCUACCCUCUGCGAAAUCAAGCUAG